AAAGUUUUCAUUGCUCUUCUUCUUCUUGACUUUGAUAACAGAAAGACAAAAAAAAUGUCAGGCGUGUCAGAGAUAUCGUCGGCGGUGGCGCGAGGGCGGUUGGCGGUGCUCACUGCGCACUUAACCACCGCCACCUCCUCCAAUGAGCUCAUUGAGGUGGCGCCAUCUCUGGAGCCAAACUGCCUCUCGGCUCAGGUCUCACCCCCCGGAAACCUUGUAGGCUCCUUGACCGUCGUUGAUGGAAGGACCGGCAAGAAGUACCAGGUACCGGUCUCUGAGGAUGGCACUGUCAAAGCUACUGAUCUUAAGCAGAUUACAACUGGGAAAAAUGACAAGGGGCUCAAAGUUUAUGACCCAGGCUAUCUGAAUACAGCUCCUGUUCGGUCAUCGAUUUGUUAUAUUGAUGGUGAUGAGGGUAUCCUUAGGUAUAGAGGCUACCCAAUUGAGGAGUUGGCUGAAAAUAGCACCUUUGUGGAAGUGGCCUACCUCUUAAUGUAUGGGAAUUUGCCUUCUGAAAAUCAGCUAGCAGACUGGGAAUUUGCUAUUUCUCAGCAUUCAGCCGUACCACAGGGAAUUCUGGAUAUAAUACAGGCAAUGCCUCAUGAUGCUCACCCAAUGGGUGUACUUGUCAGUGCAAUGAGUGCUCUCUCCAUCUUUCAUCCUGAUGCCAAUCCUGCUCUCAGAGGCCAAGAUCUUUACCAGUCAAAACAAGUGCGAGACAAACAAAUAGCACGUGUUCUUGGGAAGGCACCAACCAUCGCAGCAGCAGCUUAUUUGAGGUUGGCAGGAAGACCUCCAGUUCUUCCUUCCAACAACCUUUCUUAUGCAGAGAAUUUCUUAUACAUGCUAGAUUCAUUAGGCAAUAGGACAUAUAAACCCAAUCCUCGACUAGCUAGGGUGCUAGAUAUCCUCUUCAUACUUCAUGCAGAACAUGAAAUGAAUUGUUCCACAGCUGCUGCCAGGCAUCUAGCAUCAAGUGGUGUUGAUGUAUACACUGCUCUUGCUGGAGCCGUUGGAGCACUGUAUGGUCCUCUUCAUGGUGGAGCUAAUGAGGCUGUGCUUAAGAUGCUAAAUGAGAUUGGAACUGUUGACAACAUCCCAGAGUUCAUUGAGGGGGUAAAAAAUAGGAAGCGCAAGAUGUCAGGUUUUGGGCAUCGUGUGUACAAAAACUAUGACCCAAGAGCGAAGGUGAUAAAGAAACUGGCUGAGGAAGUCUUCUCCAUUGUUGGCCGGGAUCCUUUGAUUGAGGUUGCUGUUGCUUUGGAGAAGGCUGCUUUAUCUGAUGAGUACUUUGUUAAGAGAAAGCUAUAUCCAAAUGUUGAUUUCUACUCAGGGUUAAUAUACAGGGCAAUGGGAUUUCCAACGGAAUUCUUCACUGUUUUAUUUGCAAUCCCACGAAUGGCUGGGUACUUAGCACACUGGAGAGAGUCCCUGGAUGAUCCAGAUACAAAGAUAAUGAGACCGCAACAGGUUUAUACUGGGGCAUGGCUGCGGCAUUAUAUGUCACUCCAAGAACGGAUGGUAUCCCCAGGGGCAGACCGACUUGGUCAGGUGUCUAUUUCAAAUGCCACGAAGCGGCGGAUGUCAGGAUCUGGUGUUUAGGCUUUAUCUGGCUUCAUGUCGAGCAUGACGAAUAAGAAAUCUCCUUAAAAAAAAAAAAAAAAAAUCAAGGAGAAAUUAGUAUAUCUUUCUCUGCGACUCUAAUCAUGUUUAUAUUUAUAUGCCUACUAGUUGAAGUGGAAUGGUUUGUGGGUUAUGGUUUAGGCAUGUACUACAGCAUAAAUAAGAACAAUGAGGUGUAUUGGCGUCUCUGCGUGUAUUUUGAGACAUUAAAUUAAUCAAUAGCUUCUUUCAA